AUGCCACACGCGACUCAGAAUGGGGCGCCCGAGCCCGAGGACGAUGCGGACUUCGACAAUGUGAUGCGGCAGCUGAACAACUACGAGUCGGGCCCAUCCCUCGAUUUUUUGGCACGAGAUCUGGAAGUUGGCGAGAAGGCUGACGACGCGAUCGACUACGAAGACUUCGAAGACGAUGACCUUCCGGAGGAAGAAGUCGCAUCCGCGCCGACCCUUCUCCCGCCAGAGGACACAGCCGGCGGUGCGUUUGCGAAUCUCGACGCUGGAGAGCCAGAACUAUUUGGAGCCGAUGAAGAUAUCUUUGGAGAUCAAGGCAACGAACUUCCGGCACAGGAGGAUAAUCUCGAUGAUCUCUUCGGCGAAGGGCCUUCCUCUCCGCCUCCUGCUGGUCAGGACAUCAAAGGUCUCUUCGAAGAUGAUGAACCGUCGAUAACGACCGAACCUGUUGAAUUACCACCUAUUCCCCCGAUCUCCCAACCACAGCCUUCAUUGGCGCGUGAUAAAGAGAUGCUACUGGAGGAAGAGAGCGUUGUCUCGGCGGAAGAGAUGGAUCCCGCGACACUCCGUGCCUGGAAACUCCAACAAGCUCUGUUCGCGAUGUCGUCAAUAGGUGGACCGGAUAACCCACCUGCGCCACCCGAAAACCACGAGGAGUUGCUGCACUCUUUGUUCCCCACGUUCGACCGCUACACCCUUCCGCGUUGGUUGGAGCUUAUCCCCCACAAGCGGGCUUUCUUCCUCGGAAAACAGCCCCCCAAGCCGCCCAAGCCAGUUCUUCCCACCAAGGUCAACAUCGAACUCGCUCCCGACCAAGAGCGCGUGUUCCGCACGGGCCAACCGUCCAAGCGCGGCCAUGAAGAAUCCAUGGGCAUAGUGAUGAUCACCGACACGCCACGGGAGGAAGAAGAGGAAGAGGAAGAAGAAACAAAGGACGACAUUGAAUUGGGCGACAUUGACAUGGACGAGCUCCUACCAGGAGGCUUUACCAUGCAGGAUCUUCGGACCAUCUGCGCAGACUGGGACAUCAAAGACGAGGAAUCAUCCUUGUCAGAGAUUGAAAAACAACCCCUUGUACGAAAUGAUGAGGAUGAUCUGUUUGAAGAAGAGGAGCCGGACUGGCUGAGAGACGCAAAUCAACCCGCGAAGAAGCGCAAAACAGGGCCAACUCCAAUGGACGUUAUUGCGCUGUCGCAUCUUGAUAUUCCCCUUCUGGAUGAUCCCGAACGUGCAACUCAGCAGAUUGCAAAGAAGGUGACAAUUGACAUGAACGACCCAAAUAUCCUCGUCGACGAACUGCGGGUAGACGCUAUUUCUCGCAAACCGAAGCAUGCCGCUCCUCUCACAAGAGACGAUGUGGAUUCCAACCUUACGCGCCGUCUCACUCAGCGAUACAACAUUUCGAAUGACCAGGCGUACGACAUGCUGAAGCAGAACCACCAGAACAAGAUUCGUAGUACGCUUGGCAAUAUGACUCUAGAGCACAGUCUCCCAGCCUUGCGCUUGCAGUGGCCUUACUACAAGACCGAACUGGCCAAGGCAGAAGCUCGAUCCUUCCACCGUCCCGCUCUUGCUUUCCGGCCAGGCCAAACCUCCUGGUUCAAGAAUCCUGUGCAUGUCAAACGGAAACAUCAACGAGGCAAAGAUGCCAAGACUCUCUACGAUUCUACCAAGUCAUUGUCGUUGGGAGACAACUCCAACGUCUUGCUAGUGGAGUACUCUGAGGAGGUUCCUAUGACGCUCUCCAACUUCGGAAUGUCGAAUCGCUUUAUCAAUUACUACCGACGAAAAAACAUGGAGGAUCCUACUCGCCCCAAGGCAGAAAUCGGAGAAACGGUCGUUCUCCUGCCCCAGGAUAAAAGCCCAUAUUCCAUUUUUGGGCAUGUCGACCCAGGCGAAAUCAGUCCUGCAAUCUCCAACUCGAUGUACCGAGCGCCGCUGUUCCCCCACCAAGCUAAACCGACGGAUUUCCUUGUCAUUCGCAAUACCACUGGUACUGGAGGCAGCAACUAUUUCUUGCGCAACAUAGAGAAUUUCUUCGUUGCCGGUCAACAAUUCCCUUCGGUCGACAUCCCGGGCCCCCAUUCACGAAAGGUCACCACUGUGGCUAAGAACAGGAUGAAGAUGCUGGUGUAUCGUCUGCUAAAAAAGAGUUCUGAUGAGCGUCUCGCGAUCAGCGACGUUACGGCCCACAUUCCGGGAACGACCGACAUGCAGAAUCGACAGAAAGUCAAGGAUUUCCUGCAGCAUGACAAGGACACCAAAUACUGGAAGCCUCUGGACCCCAAUCUUCCUGACCAGGACACCAUCCGAUCCUGGGUGCAACCUGAGGAUGUCUGUCUCCUGGAGUCUAUGCAGGUUGGCCAACAACAUCUUCACGAUACGGGUUUUGGCAACGAUGCCGAGACUGGGGGUGAUAACGAGGAGGACGAGGAAAGUGAAAGCUUUGAGCAACAGAUGGCUCCUUGGAAGGCCACGCGGAAUUUCCUACUUGCUUCUCAAGGCAAGGCCAUGCUGAAACUCCAUGGCGAAGGUGAUCCAACCGGCCGUGGUGAAGGCUACAACUUCAUAAAGACAUCCAUGAAAGGUGGUUUCAAGGCUAUCGGUGAAUCCGUGGAAGACAAGUUGGAUGCGCAAAGGCUCAAGGAACUCGGUGGCCACAGCUACAACGUCGCUCGCCAGCAGAAGUCCUAUGAGACCUCCAUCCGCAAAAUCUGGGAUGCACAGAAAGAGAGUCUCUCUUCGACCGUCGAGCACUCCGACCAAGAAAGCGACGUCGACCAAGUAGACGAAGACGACUUCAGCAAACCGACACCACGCUCCGAAGCGCCCACUCCUGCGCCAUAUCGGCGUGACGACGAAACAACCAGUCAAUUCAGCAAGAUGAGCUUCACAAGCCAACGUGGCAAAGUCCUACGGAUCACCCGCCAGAUCAAGGGUGCCAGCGGCGAAAUUCUGGAAAAGGAACAGCUGGUCUGGGACCCACGCGUGAUCAGACACUACAUCCAACACCGGCACCGUGUUGAGGCCGUGCACACGAAAUUGGAAUCUCUCCAGCCAACCGGCGACCCGGAGGUCGACGCCCGGAACCGCAAGCUGAUCGAGGCUGAACUCAGCCGUCUAAACCGCAACAAGGAGCGCCGCUUCGCCCGCGAAAAGCAGAAAGGCAUCCCCCGUUCUGGCGAGUCGCCGGGCGAUGGUAGGCCUGCUGGUACGCAGCGCAAAUGUGCCAAUUGUGGCCAGGUCGGCCAUAUCAAGACCAAUAAGAAGCUGUGUCCUUUGCUUAAUGGCACUAUGAAACCCGAAGAUCGAAUGACCGAUUCGGCCUUUUCGAUGAGUGCUCCCAUCGUCUGA